AUGGAUAAGACGACAGCAGUUGAGCAAUCUCCGGGCAGGCCGCUGGGCGCUUUGCUGCCAGGCGGGCGAGCGGACGGUACUGCGUCUAUGACCGAGGUCGGAGCUGGUCACUUCAGCGGAGAUGUGGACGAGGGAGCUGGAGAUAGCGACAAUCGAUCUGCUGGUCCAGCGUCCCGUGAUGCCGAGCGUUUCGGGCAAAAUGCGGCGUCCUCAACGUCGACUAAGAACUCGGGGUCUUUGAAGCACACCUCGGAAAUGGCGACACCAGACAAGAAGGCGUCUUGGAAGAGGCAACCUCACCAACUGAAGCGUACAAGCAGAUCCAUGGAGGGAGUCAGCAUCAUAAAGGAGUGGGACAGCGCGGACGCGUCAGCCAGAGUGGGCUCUGCAGAUUACGGUGAAACCUCUAUCAGAAAGCUUCAGCCACAGCGAAGCCUCCCUACACCAGGUCUGCUAUUUGCCAACGUACCUCUGCCUGAGGGCACUAGAGAGAGAGACCGUGACUCGCCCUCAGUCGGCGCAGGAGAAGGGGCACAGCUCACCUCUGAAGAAGAACGAGACCCCGCCGAGAAUAGAUCCGGUGGCACAACCUCUAUGGCGGAAAGGACGCACAAAGGCCAGAGUUCCACAGAGGCAGGGACCCCUAAAACAUUCCAGGCAGGGCGCAAGCGUGAAGCAAGCGGUUCAGAAGAGGCUCGUGAGGCAAGAACAGGCUCUGCAGGGCUUCCCCCCGAGAACAAGAGCAGUCACUCGGGAACGGAAAUCGAGGCAGGUCGAAUGGGAAGAUGGGGUUCUGAUGGAGAGACCGUUUUCGUCUCCGACGACCCUCGCAUAACAUACAGGCGAACUGUAGAUCCACAGAUCAUUCGCCGCCAUACGAUUGGAAGUCGUCCGCCGUUCGCGAGGAAUGAGGUCUCCACUCUCUCAAACGAGGACUCUCCGGCGGGUGCAGAUACUGCUAAUGUGGAUGAUAGCAGUGGCGGCGGGGAAGUUAGCAGUGGCACGAUGACCAUGUGGCCAACCAUGCAGCCGUUCCACGAUCUUGCCAGUGCAAUGUAUGAUGCAGUCUUUGGGGGGACCUCGGCAGAGAUACAAAGCGCGGAGAGGGAACGAUCCGACCGCCCACAUUCAGAACAGGCCAUCCUCAACACCGACAGCGCGGUUGUCAGUCAAGAAUCGACACCAAGGGGAAGCAGCAACGAUCGAAACGCCUUCGCAUGGCUGGCCGACGCGCUCGACGACGCCUAUGAUGGCCAGCUUGCCGAGAUGACCGAGAAGGAACUCGAAAGCACUCAUUCGCCGAAAGUUAAUGCACCAAAGCUCCCUACGAUUGCAGAUCCUGGCAGCUCUUCUGCUGAUGGCGACUUGCCGGAGCGAGUAGGCUAG